AAAGAUUGCCAAAAGAUAGUGGGGGCGUUCAUGGGUGCAGUGCUUUCGAAGGACCCUUGCGGCUUCACAGAAGAAGACUAUCAACCUCUGAUCAAGCUGACAAAUCAAACUGUACCUUGCGACAAGACUCUCUUUUGGAGCAAGUCCAGGGAGCUGGCGCAUCAGUACACCAAGGUCCAGCAGGAGAUGUUUACCCUGGAGGACACGCUGCUGGGUUACAUGGCUGACGGUCUCAAGUGGUGUGGAGACGCAGGCUCCUCCGAAUUGAACUAUCAGUCUUGCCCAGAUUGGAGGGGAGACUGCGCCAAUAACACCAUGUCCGUCUUCUGGGACACCGUGUCUAAAUGGUUUGCAGAAAAUGCCUGCGGUGUGGUCCAGGUGCUGCUCAAUGGGUCCUUCAGCAACGCCUUUAAUAAAAACAGCACCUUUGGACGUGUGGAAAUCUAUAAUUUGCUUCCAGAUAAGGUUUCUACACUACAAACCUGGGUGAUGCAUAACAUUGAAGACGUUCACAGUGACUCAUGCUCAGCUUCCUCCAUAAAUGAUCUGAAAUCGAUUUUAAGCAACAGGAAUAUUAACUUUACCUGCCAGAGUAACUACAGGCCUAUCAAGUUUCUUCAGUGUGUGAAAAAUCCUGAGCAUUCAUCUUGCAAUUCUCUAAUAUGAACCAAUCAGCAUGGUGGUUUUUGAACUCUGAGCCCUUCUCAUACAGAUUGGACCGCUGUGCAUGACUCAGGAGACAUACCAGUGGGAAGCCGAGGAUUUGACUGAUUCUCUGUCACCAUGUCAAUGCCAAAAAUGGAAGUUUUUCUCCUAAAGUCUUAAAAUAACACGUUAUUGGCAUAGUUUUUAUUUUGAUCUCCUAGUAGUCAAGAAAAAAUUAUUAUGUAAAAUGAAAAUUUUAUAUUAUUUCAUUUUAAUUUUCAUAUGGUGUUUUUAUGUUGGUAACAUACUUUCUGUUGAAGAAGGAUCACACCAAACCUCUCUUAUUGGAACAGGCAAGUAAAGAAAAUGGCAGAUGCCCAAGCUUUUCAGAAAACGUCACAUUUUCAAAUGAAUAACCUGACCUCAGGAUGUAAUUUUGUACCCUUCCUAUAGGUAAACUGUAAUGCCAUGGUUAUGGGUCAUGUUGGGAAAAGUAUUCUGUAGAUAUAAGCUACUCAGGUACUUGGUGCUUUACCUCUAAACCUUCUAACAGUUCUGUGAGGUUGAUAUCAGUAUCUCCCAUUUGUUAGAUGAGAAAGUGGAAGUUUAGAGGCGUUUCAUAAUUCGCCUAAAGUCAUACAUUUAGUUCAAGGUAGAGGCUCAAUUUGAAUUCGGCUCUGUCUGACUCUUUCUAGGCCUGUAAUGCCAAACGAACAGUGCCUUAUGUUCUCUUCCAAUAAAUGCAUGUUGGAUUUAGUUGAAUACAGUAGAAUCUGGAAUGUGAUUUUUCUGGAUGGCUUCGAAGCAGACACAAUUUUUUCUCCUCUUCCCCUUCCUCUUGCUUCUCGUGUUCGGUGUCUUACAUACGUAGUGGGCAGUUACAAUAUGUGUCUGUUCCUGAUACUGGCAGUUCAGUUGGUUCAUUUUCUCCUUUUUUCCUUGGGGAUUAUUAUUUCUGAUACUCUUUCAAGGAACCAUCUUUUAGCUUUGUUGAUUUUCUCUAAUUGCUUUUUGUUCUCUUUAUUAUUAGAGAUAUAGAAAUUCCUUAUAAUUUCUUUGGAUUUUUAAAUUCAUCUUCUUGAACUGGAAACUUAGAUCAUUGAUUUUUCAACCCAUUUCCUUUUCUUAUAUUUAGUACUGUCAAUUUUCUUCUGAGUGCUUCUUUAGCUGUGGCUCUUAAGUUUUGAUAUGUCUCUUUUCAUUAUCAUUCAGUGAAAAAUAUUUUCUAAAAUUGUUUAGAAAUGUGUUGCUUAAUUUUCAAACAUCUGGUGAUUUUCUAGGUUUUUUUUUUUUAAUAUAAAUGCAUUGAAUGAAAAAUUAAUACAUUAAUUUGAGACUCCUCGAGGGAACCUACAGGGUUUGUUGAAAACAGCAUAUAUUGUGGAGUCAGGCAGUUAUGGGUUCAUAUUUUGGCAUCACUGUGAUCUCACAUGAAAUAUCUGACCUCCCUGAACUUCAGUUUUCUCGCCACUCACAUAAGCAUUAUAAACUCACCCCCACAAAAGUGUGGUUAGAACUAAAGAAGGUGACAGAAAUUGACGAGGCAUAGCGCCUUAGAUGAAAACAAGUAUUUAACUAGUGUUGGCUCCUUUCUGCCUGCCACCGGUUGGUGACCCCGUGUCCUUCAGGAGCCCUUUCAGCCGCAGCCACUGCAGUCAGUUUGUGAGUUCUUCACUAGCUCUUUCUCCACUCAGGCUCAUCAUCACAAGAAUUAGUCUUGGCUAGACAUGAGGCCAGGUGCGUGGGAUCAGUUCUGAUUAAGAGUCAGACUUGUGCCACGUUUUAAUGAGCUCCAUCUGCAGAAUGUCUUCAGCAAUAGGUCCCUGCUAAUCUGCUGAGUGACCUGGCUGUUCUCCACUCAGGACAAUUUCUGCCGAUUGUCAGGCUUGCGUGCUGAUUUCUGGACUCUCUAAAUGUACCUUCCUUGUUCAUCAGGAUACCCCCGGAAGUGGCUGCCUGUGUCAGAAAAAUUUCAUUCUUUAUAUUACCUUCCAAUUUGCAAGAGGCUUCUCCCAAGAAGACUCAUUUGAGUGUUCAAGUUCAAAGCCAGUGGAGACUAAGAGGGGGCUGGUCCCACGGUUUUCACACUGUGCCACAGAGGACUCUGGGAGCCCUGGAGGUGGUUGGGGGCUGGGGUGCUCUUUUCUCCUUGCGCCACCUCUGUAUAUUACCAUGCCACCCCACCCUUGCGUCCUCUCCCUCUGCUGUUCCAACUCGGGUAUCUCUGCCAUUAGCCACUCGGCCAUCUUUAGCCUGAAGGCCUUUCUGGCCUACGUGUGUAAAUAGAUCCUCCAUAUCCCUCUUCAUAUAAGUGACUCUACUGAAUUACUGAUCACUCAUCGACCUCAUCCUUCACUCAUUGACCUGCUACCCCUGUCUCCCCACUGCAUUCCUGUGUGCUCUAGAGACGCUUCUUACCAUCCCAACUCGCAUCCGCCAUCACACUUACCCAGAGACUGCGGGAGUGACCCAGGGCACUGUCUCCCUUUUCUAACUCCUGAAAGCUCACCGUUUUCCUUCUGUGAUGGUUCUUAUAAUAUUUACAUCACGGUUUCAAGUAUAGUUCUGAAAUUUGAGGCUGAAUACUUGAAAAGAUGUAUAUAUAUAUAUGUAUAUAUAUACACACAUACAUAUACAUAUAUAUAUAUAUAUAUGCGCGCGCACACACACACUUGCAUGAUGCAAAACCAUGUCUCUCAAUAGACAGCGAUUCUGUAUCCGAUGGGUCUUUCUUGAGCCCUAAGUCAUUCUUUGUGUUGACCUGUUUAGUGCUGUUUCUGUGUCUUUUAUCUUCUAUGUACCUGGCAAACAAAGCCAGGUAUAUAUAAAAUAUUUUGGCAAAACACAUUCUUUCUUUGGCUUGACAGCUUUCUAUGCCUUUAGCUCUUGUUGGGAACGAGCUCAACCCACAUCUGCAUACUCCCUGCUGCAGCAGAUGUAGCAGGGGCAGCGCUGACCUCCUGGCAUCCCGUUUCUCCUUAAAACAAUUCCUAAGUCUGUGAUUUGAGUGUCAGGUAGAAUCCAUGCUGUACAGAGGGACUCUGUUUUUGUGGCUUUUUGAAAAGGCAAGUAAUCAUAUGAACUGGAUAAAUGUUAUAUAUGGCAAAUGAAAAUUGUAUAAAGUAGAAUGUUAAAGUAAACACAGAGUGUGUUGUAACUAUAAAAGUCAUUUUAUGAAUGUAGUGUUAACCCAGACAUUUUCUACAGUUUUUUAAAAUAAAGCAAUUAACUAUU